CGGAGGGGCGGGGCGGGGCAGCUGAGGGCGGCCCCCGGCUUUGGGGAGGGGCACGAUGGAGAAGCAGGAGGCUGUGGGGGCCACAGGAGGGGGGGGUGGCCUGCACGUGACGGCGCCCAACACUCUGGAGGGGCCUGCCGCUGGCCUGCAUUUGUCCGAAUCCAGCUUGCACUCCGGGGAGCUCAGCCCAUGUUCAGUCUCCAGCUCCACUGAUGAGCGACCCCGGGGCAUCCUGAAGAACACCAGCACCAUUAUGGUGCAGAGAGUCCCCAUUGGGGAGAAGAAGAAGUCCCAACACUGGGACGAGAUGAAUAUCUUGGCCACAUACCAUCCAUUGGGCAAGGACUACGGACUCAUGAAGGUGGAUGAGCCCAGCACACCCUACCGCAGGCUGGAAGACAGUGAAGAGGAUCUGAGAGCAGGGACCUCACAGGCAGUGUCACCUGAAGUGCUUGCUGAGAGGCUUGCAUCAUUGGACAGUUUUUACCCCAAAGUUCUUCAGUUUGGAGAUAACAACACAGGUUCCAAGGACAAGUUAACAUCUAAAAAAAUGCAAAAUGAUUUUGAGCGGCAUCGUAAGGCUCACUAUGAUGAGGGGAAGUUCCUCAAAGCUCAGAAAUUAGCUGUACAGGAUGAUGAAGAGGAGCCCCCAGGCACCUCUGGAUUGACCUGGGUUAUAGAGAAGCCCUUGACCUCCCAGGGAGUCCACCUGCUUGGUCUUACUGGACAGGCAUCCAAUGGAGAACAGAAGGCUACAGAGAAGCCUCUGACUAUCACUAUAGCACAGUCUCAGCCUGGCACAGCCCUACCCCAGAAGCGCAGUGGGUCCCCUGUGAUGUCUGGCUGGUGUCACUGGCUGAUAACCAAGGAACUGAGCUGGAAGAGCUCGGGGAUUCCAGACAGAGAUGCUGGGGAAAGUCAGAGGGCCUCGGGAGGGCCGGAACGAAGGCAUGAGACACUUCGUCUACACUGGAGUCAGGAGGAGGAUGCUGUUCAAUGGAAGAUGUAGCCGACUCAGGAAACUGGGGACAAGGGGGAGGGGGAGACACUACAGAUACGCCCCACCUCCCCAGUCUGUGACCACCCAGAGAUGGACAAUAAAGGACAACAAAAAAAAGA